AUUGCGCGACGGUUGUUGCGUUACUUUUCAGCUUAUAUCAAAUGCAAAUGACUUCGCAAGGACGUCGGCUGGGUAGACUGGGUAGUGGAAAUUGUCAAAAAAUAUUCAAUCUUCUGCCUGGAGACCAGUAUUUUAAUCCACGAUAUUUGGAUUUCCAAUCCCGUGGGUUUGUAGGCCCUUAGUUACAAACAGGCUCUCAUAUCCAGUCUUCCAUCGUGCGUUUCCAGAAAAUAUCCACACCCGCCGAACGUUAAUGAAAUUUGUAGGGUAAUGGGUUUCAAGGAGGGUCUUCAAAAGCCAAAUUUAUUAUAGUGAAGAAUGUAUCUUAACUGGAUGAGCUGGUUUCAAACCAAGACAUGUUAGAUCUUGGGAUGGGGGGGCGGGCUAUGGAUAUGGAUUUCUAUGAAAAAAAAUGUUCGAAGGUAAUUUUGCUGAUGAUGAAUCGUAACAUAUAAAUUUACGACAUACUAUAUAAACCGUGGUUCCUUUAAACCCGGGUUUAAAGCAUACCCACAUUUACACGUAGUUUAAUGCUAAAUUUAUUGACUGAUUCCUUUGUCGUGUGACUAGUUCGACAGCUUCAUCGUGAAUUCCUACGAGCAGGAGCUGAUAUCAUUCAAGCAUUCACAUUCUCAUUGGAAGACAACCUGGUUAACUAUUUAAUUCCAAAAAGCUAUUUUAAAUAUAUUUUCUAGACAUAAACAAGAACAUUGACCUCUUUAAAAAUUUGGCAACGAGUCAGUGAUUUUCAAAGAAAAGAUUUUUGAAAAUUGUGAUAUUCCGGGUGAACGGGUUAUUGAAUUGCGUCGCACAUUUGGAUAUUGUGUGUAUUGGAAGAAGAGUUUCGUUCUGCUUGCUCUGUAAUCUGUCAGUCUUCUGACGUUGCUUAGGCAAGGGAACUGUUUUUCUGACGUUUGUGGAAAACGCCAAGCGGUUCUUUUCGCGUUGUCGCCAAAGGACGUGACCAUACUGUGCGUUCUGCUGGUGGGACAAGUUUUGGAAGUACUCGUGAGUACUGGUGCUAGUUUUUGAUUGGACAAUAUGAACUAGAGACUCGCUGAGUGUUUGACCGAUGAAAUGGCUACAAAUGACUCCUGUCCCCCUCACCCACCCACUCCGGAUAAAUGGAUCACUUUUCCAAUGUUUCAAUACUGGUGUAACUAACAUAUCUAGCUAUCUAAUCAGUGGCAAGAAUUCAUCAAUUGUACAAAUAUGCAAGAAGUGUAUUAAUGUACAAACUCGCUUUCAGCCCAACAACAUAAACCAGGCGGCCUGUAACCUUGCAAAGGGCGUGGCCCAGGAAGGAGGGGCUUAUUUUGCUUGCUCUAUCUGUCAGACUGGUUUUCUGUGUUCACAAGGUGCUGGAAAAGACGUUGUGAUGAAAAAGUUUAGGGAAGAAAUAGAGUUUUUUAUACAGAAUAACGUCGAUAUGCUCAUUGGUGAGGUAAGUGUGUAGCAAACCCGUGUCAAUAAUUAUUAUACCUAAGAGAUUGUUUUGUUUGCAAGAUUAUAGUUUACUGAUACUGCACAGCUAAAAUUUAAAGUAUAAUUAUCUUCGAAAUGCUAUUAGAGUUUGAUUUAAUUUGAUGCUAAUUAUUGCGUCAAAUUAAAUCACCUGAAGCUGAAGUCCACGGUUGGAUCAAGACGUUUACGCCUAAGAUUACGGCUUUUAGAACAAAAUUCUAUUUUUGUGGAAUGGUAAUUAAUUGACUAAUAUUUAUUUUUCAAAAUACGGACUUUUUUUCUUCCCUCUCCCUUGCCAAUUCAUUGUUAUACUUAGCGUAACAUACUGUCCCCUCUGUCCAUCAAGUUCUUUGCGAAUGUGGAAGAAGCUGAAUGGUUGGUAGAGGUGAUGAAAUCCACAGGUAAACCAGCAGCCAUUACAAUGUGUAUUGGACCACAAGGUGACCUCACAAAUGUGUCCCCCGGAGAAUGCGCCGUGAGACUCGUAAGGGCAGGUAUUGAAUAUGUCGCAUUCCGGUGUAUAGCUUGUAUGAAAAGUGAGGGAAAACGCAAUACAGUCUUAGAAGAGGUUCCAUACCCAGCAAAAACGUUGCUUAAUUGCUUUGUGGUCCAUGGCGUACUUUGUAGGAGGAUGUUGACGAAGUCAUUGCUCAGACUUUGCCAUAGUACCAUAAUUAUAAAUACACGUGCACCUGAUGCACAAACAGAUAAUAAUAAUGGGCAUCCGUCAGUCUCGCGAGACUAUGGACACGCGCUCUGCGCGCGCUCUUGAUGUACUAACAUGUAUAUACCGCAAUAAAUACCUCGAAGACCCUCCUAAGCCCUUCUGUGAAUAAUGAUGGAAAUGUUAACACAUAUAUACACCGUUUGCCAUUCAAAGUAUAAUCUCGCUCUUUUUGCAAUGUCCAGUUAGUUAUCGCUUACUAACAUUAACACAAGUAUUCUUUUUGACUAGGUGCUGAUAUCGUUGGUGUCAACUGUUGCUUCAGUCCCGAUAUGAGUUUACAGACCAUUGGUUUGAUGAAAGAGGCGUUAGACAAGGAAGGACUCAAGCCUCAUCUGAUGAUUCAACCUGCCGGUGUUCACACUCCAGAUGUCGAACGCAGAGGAUUCGUCUCUUUACCAGAAUUCCCUUUCGCUAUGGAACCUCGCGUGAUAACUCGCUGGGAUGUGCAUAAGUACGCUCGGCGGGCCUAUGAUAUGGGAGUGAGGUAUAUCGGAGGCUGCUGUGGAUUUUAACCAUACCACAUCCGGGCUAUUGCUGAAGAGCUGGCUACAGAACGAGGCAAAUUUCCUGCUGCAAGCGAAAAGCACGGCCCUUGGGGAGAGGCGCUUCAAAAUCACUCAUUACCUGAAGUUAGAGCAAGAGCUAACCGUGGCUACUGGGAGAAUCUCAAACCGGCCAGUGGUCGUCCAUUUUGUCCGUCUUUGAGUGAAACGGGAGGAUUGGGACCUAACUGAUAUCAAGUUUAUGUGAAAAAUGUACUUUAUUUAACAACCUAUGAUUAGACAGGGCAUCAUGACAGAUUUUUAAUCUAAACAAUAAAUAAAUUGGGUUUUAAUAAAGGGUGUCUCGGCACAUUACUUUCUUUGUCUUUGUCGCUUUUCGACCAAACUUUUACUGAACAUCUAACUGUUCCUUCCGGAGAGUCCUCCAGAGAAAAGAAAAAAAAAUUGAAAGGAAUUGAAAGGCGUGCACUUUAUAUUUUUCUCUCUACAGUAUUCACGCGCCUUAUCUUAAGAGCAUUUAGGGAAGAGAAAUUAGAGGGCCCUAGGAAAUAAAGAUGUUGCCGCUGCAUGAAAGAUUCCAUGCGUACGUGAGCUGUAUUUUUUCACUAUUGCUGUCACCGCUUUAAACUUAAUCUGCGAUCAGGCGUUCUUUUUAUAACAGCAGGGGUAAGGAGAAAAAAAAAAGAAAAGAAAAGAAAAGAACGCCUGUGGAUCGCAGGCUAAUUUAAACUCGAAAUUUGUUGACGGGGGCGGGGGGAAGGGAGUGGCGAGGGAGAAAAAACCUGGCAAGAGUCACUCAUCAUCGUAUCGCUAUAAGAAUAACCAUCCCGGCUUUGCGGACAUAAUAUGAUUCUUCCUUAUAACCAGCUAAUAAUAAUUUCCGGAGCAGAACAUUGAAAUUCCACCCAAAAGAUGAACGAUACGUACGUGUCUAUCUUUAGAACAACUUAAGUUUCGCAUGGUAUUUUAAACUUGACGUUUCUUAUGUUACAACAUACAUCUUCAGAAGUGACAGUUACAAAAUAUGACAAGAUUUGAAAAGACUAAAACUAAAACGAGGUAUUAGUAACACGCCCUAAAUGAAAUCGUCGGUAGUGAAAAACUCUUUCUUUAUUAAUUCACACCGGAUAUGGUUUCUUUUGUUCAUUGUUAUCUAGCUAGUUACCAAUACCUCGCUUUAGUUUUAGUCUUUUUAAAUCUUGUCAUAUUUUAUAACCGUCAGUUCUGAAGAUGUAUGUUGUAGCACACGAAACGUCAAGUUUAAUACAACGUUAGUUUGUUCUUGGAAUACAUUCCAAUCUCUCCAUAACGGCCACCUUAGGGACAGAGGAAAGUGGCCGCUGUACAAAGGUGGC